AUGAGAGGCAUUCGACAACUCUCAAACGUAAAAUGGCAGACCAAGCCCCUUCAGCCACUCCGGCGCGAGUGGAAGGUGAAAGCAGUACACGGGGGAACCGUAAUUCCAGUCCAUCGAAACCAUACUCUCGCGAUCGCGGAGGAAGGAGACCCCAAAGGGGCAGAGGCGGAGGUAAAGGCAGAGGGGGCCAGAUUCGGGAUGGGCAAACAGGUUUUGGAUCGAAUCAAACCGGCGGUCGUCAUAAGAGGGGUGAGAUGGGGCGUGGGGAAUAUCAAUAAAAGAAAGCGGAAUGACGAGCAGCAAGCUGCUAAACGCCUGAAGAUGGGAGAAGAUGGCGAGUACGCAAACGCCCAAUUUUCAAAGGAGGAGAUAGAAGCAGAAGGUCGAAAGCCCAAGCGGAAAGUCGCAGUAUUGAUUGGAUAUGCUGGAUCUGGAUAUAAAGGCAUGCAAAUAAAUGGCCAAGAAAAAACGAUUGAGGGGGAUAUAUUCAAGGCAUUUAUCGCAGCCGGCGCAAUCUCGAAGGCCAAUGCAGAUGACCCCAAAAAGUCUUCCCUAGUCCGAUGUGCUCGAACAGAUAAGGGCGUACAUGCUGCGGGUAAUGUCAUAUCGUUGAAACUCAUUGUUGAGGAUCCGGAUGUUGUACAGAAGAUCAACGACAACCUACCACCUCAGAUCAGGGUAUGGGGCACGGAGCGGACGAACGGUGCAUUCAGCUGCUACCAGAGUUGCGACUCGAGGUGGUACGAAUACCUAAUCCCAACAUAUUCUUUCCUUCCACCACAACCGCAGAGUUUUAUGGGCAAAAAGUUGGUUGAAUCUGCUGAGAAGAAAGGUACUCUCGAGGAGUACAAAGCCCGACAGGCGGAUGUGGCCGACUUCUGGCAGAAAGCAGAAGACGAAUACAUCAAGCCUAUCCUUGACCAGCUCGAUCCUGAAACUCGGGAGACAGUUAUGGCCGCAGUUUACAGCUCCGAGGAACCAAUAGUGGGCAAUGAACUAAAACAGAAGGUCGACAAAUUAACCAAGGCGGAGGAUGAUCUCGAUAUAAUGAAAGAGGAACCGCAAAAACCGGAAAUCAAGUCAGACCAAAAUAUGGAAACACUUGGCAGUGCCGAUGAAGCUGCGACGCAAAAGCCGGAGGUUGUCGAGUCCAAAGACCCCACAGAUACCCAGGUACAGGAAAUUCAAACGGAAGCGAAGAUAAUCCCAGAGGUAUCCGGGGACUCUACAAUGGGUGUGCCCCAGACAGCCGCCCCUGAAGAUCAGGAAGCAUCAGUCUCAAAAUCGAUUCUCAGCCCUGUUGACAUCGCUAUAAAACAAGUCAAGGCUGCGUACAUCAAAGCCAAGAAGGCAUACCGAAUUUCAGAAUCGCGACGCCAAAAGGUCCAGGAAACAUUAGACUGCUACCUCGGAACACGCAAUUUCCACAACUAUACCAUCCAAAAGACCUUUUCCGACCCCUCUGCUAAGCGCGUAAUCCGCUCCUUCAAAGUCGGUCCAGAGCCUAUCUAUAUCAACGAUACCGAAUGGCUGUCUCUGAAGGUUCAUGGGCAAUCCUUCAUGAUGCAUCAGAUCCGGAAGAUGGUCGCGAUGGCAGCGCUCGUUGUCCGCUGUGGCACCGAGAAGCAUGUCAUUCAAGAAAGCUACGGUACAGCUACGAUUAGCAUUCCGAAAGCACCAGGACUUGGUCUAUUGCUAGAACGACCGGUUUUCGAUAGCUACAAUGAGCAGGCUGUGACAAAGUUUAGCAGAGAGAAGAUAGAUUUUGAUAAGUUCCAGAAGGAGAUGGAUGAAUUCAAGCAACGGGAGAUCUACGAUCGGAUCUUUAGGGAGGAGGAGAAAGACCACCAAUUCCACACUUUCUUCCAUCAUAUCGAUCAUUACCGCACGGACUUCUUCCUCUGGGUUACCGCCGAAGGCAUCGCAGCUUCAAGACAGAGCAAAUCGAGAAGCGAGGUCUUGGAUGAUGUUAGCGAUAGUGAGCCUGAUGCUAACGGGCAAGAGGGUUGA